AUUGGCCUUAGAAGAUUGUCUUAGUGGUGUACUUAAAAGGUGUUGAGGUGAAAUCUGUUUUUCCGAGACCUGUUUUUACACUCUGUCUGUUCCCUCCACCAGUAUCUGUAUCGGCAUUGCGGAGUCGUGUAUCUGCUCUGGAGGAGGAACUGUCUGCAAAGGCUGGGACGUUGAAGUCGGUUCAGAAUGAAAUGGUGCAAAGCAAGAAGGAGCUCGCUGCCAGGGAGCUCAACAUUCAGAGAGCCCGUGACGAACUGACUCUGGCACACACACGCAUGGCCCAGGAGAGUGAACGGGCAUCAGGAGCUGAGCAAAGGCUGAAGCAGCUACAAGAGGAGCUGAAGUGUCAGCGGCAGAAUGCAGAGAGCAUCCGACUGCAACAACAACAACGCUCUAAGGAGCUGGAGAAACAACACCAGAGGGAUUUAACAGAGCUUCAGAAGGAGAGGCAGUGUCUGGAGAAGCAGCAUCAGCAGGAGGUGAAUAAGCUCAACCAGGAGCUCCAGCAGGCCAGGACCCUCCACAACGCCCUGCAGGCCCAGGCGGACAAGUUGUCUCUACAGAAGCAGACAUUGGACAAAGAGGUGGACAAUCUGAAAGAGAAGCUGAAGUGGACGGAGGGACAGCUACAGGAGAGCCAGAAGAAAGAGGCCCAGACACAAGAAGCCUUGCGUGAGGUGGAGGGUGUGGCAGUGAGUCUGGAGCAGAGCAGGAAGAAAGAGCGAGCUCUGGAAGAGGAGGGGAGGAGACUGGCAGAGGAGCAAGCCGACACCCUUCGUCUACUCAAAGAACUGCAGCAGGGUGAGGAGUGA